AUGAACGAAGCAGAUGAUGAGGAGUGCAACAAGGCAAAUAACAGGGCCAACUCUACCUGGGCACAUGAUGCUGAAAGAUACGAAUGGGACAAAGCAGACGGCGAUGUUGGACCGCGAAAUGAGAAGUUGGAGAAAGAAUUGUUUCAAGGACAGCACAUCAAUCUGAUUAUCGAGUCCGAAGUUCGUGUCGGCCCAGUUAGCGGUUUCACGGAUGCCGGCCUCCAUCCUGUCAUUUUGGACAAUGUCCAACUCUGUGGUUAUCAGUACGCUACUCCGAUUCAAGCCUACGCCUUUCCAGCGGUGAUCAGGGGCCAUGACAUGAUUGGUAUUGCGCAGACAGGAUCUGGCAAGACUGCGGCUUUUCUCAUUCCAUGCAUUUCCGAGCUCAUGGGCAAAGUCAGAGAGCUCGCGGCACCCCGCCCUGGUUUGUACCCGGAGCUGGAUGGCAAACGUAUCUUUGAUGAAGCACGUCGUCUUUGCUACCGCUCCAUGCUCCGCCCUUGUGUCGCAUACGGUGGCGCCCCUGUUCGCAAUCAGAUCAAUCAGCUUGCCAAAGGAUGCGACCUCUUUGUGGCAACCCCAGGCCGCUUGCUCGAUACUAUGAGUCGUCCAGAUAUUCUCUCAUUGUCCCGUGUCAAAUUCACCAUCAUCAUUGAGGCAGAUGAGAUGCUUCACGGAGACUGGGAUAUCAAUGAGGAUGGUGACCAUCGCUACCUUCUUUUCUCUGCCACGUUCCCAAAGCGUGUUCGGAAGCUAGCUGCCAUGUACCUCGCCUCCGACCACGUUCAUGUCGGCGUUGGUCGUACUGGUUUAGCCCAUGCCAACGUCAAGCAGCACAAACAAGAAACUGCGGACUUCAUUGAUGACUACUUGUUCAACAUGGGAUUGCCAUCUACUUCCAUUCAUGCUGAUCGUACUCAAUGGGAGCGUGAGGAUGCACUUUGUUCCUUCAAGUCCGGUAAAUCCCUGAUUAUGGUUGCAACUGGAGUUAGUGGCCGUGGUCUUGACGUACGCAACGUAAUGCACAUCAUCAACUUCGACUUUCCUAGUGCUGAAUUCGGUGGUCGUAGCGAAUAUGUUCAUCGUAUUGCCUGGAGGUUCCGCAUUUCUCGCAGCACUUUAAAGUCUGAAGAUGGAGCUCUCAACUUUGAUGACGAAGACGAGCUAGAGAUGGGUAACAGUGAUGAGGCCGAUCAAGUUGGAGGAGACACAUGGUGA